GGAGGGAGAGAGAGAGAGGUGACGGAGGAGCACAUUUUCAUCCAAACCUCCGUCUCCUCCAGAGCCGGAUCUGCUCCUCGGCGCAGCGCAGCUCCCCAUUGUUUAAACUGGGAGGUGGACACAAAAAAUACCACUCGGCUUUACUUGGGGGCUGCAUCAUGAGGAGUUCGGGGGCGCCUCUCCAUCGCCUGCUGCCUCUGGAAUGGUGGGGAUUACACGGCCGGGACGCGCGGAGCAUGUGAACGCAGAUGGAGUUUGGGAUUUAUUGCGAAAUAAGGGAAAGAUGACCGUCUUCUCGCUGUGCUUGCUCCUGUGCGCGGAUCUGCUGGAUUUCGCCGUCGGAUAUUUGACAGUUACCAUCGAGCCGCUGCCGCCUGUUGUGGUGGGAGAGACUGUCACACUGAAGUGUAACUUCAAAACUGACGGAAGGCUUCGAGAGAUCGUGUGGUACAGGGUCACAGAUGGAGGGACCAUCAAGCAGAAGAUCUUCACCUAUGACGCUAUGUUUAAUACUAAUUACUCUCACAUGGAGGAUUACCGCAGACGUGAGGACCUUGUGUACCAAUCCACUGUCAGGCUCCCGGAGGUGCGGAUCUCGGACAACGGGCCUUACGAAUGCCACGUGGGCAUCUACGACCGGGCGACGAGGGAGAAGGUGGUCCUGGCUUCAGGGAAUGUUUUUCUUACUGUUAUGUCACCUCCGAACAACAUAUCAGUGGUGGCAGAGAAUACUCCGGCCAUGUUCAGUCGAUACCAAGCCCAGAAUUUCACCCUGGUCUGCACUGCGAAGGGAGGGAAGCCGGCCCCAUCGGUGUACUUCAAGCGGGACGGCGAGCUGAUCGAGGUGAUCUCCUACACCCUGCCCUCCUCCACCGAGCAGGGCGGCGGCUCGGCGGGGGUGAGAGGGGCCAGGCCGCUCAUCAGCAGGGACCUGGAUGAUACCAAGCUGCAGCGCUCCCUCUCCCUCCUGGACCCGGAGGGGCGAGCGGCCCGUCUCUACACGGAGAUCCCCCAGCGCGUGCACACCCAGGGCCAGCAGGCCUCCGAGCCCAGCCCGGCCACGGAGGUCAUCCCGGAGACGGUGGUGAGCCGGGAGUUCCCCCGCUGGGUGCACAGCACGGACCCGCUCUACUACUUCAGCCACACUCACAUCCCGCAGAGCGACGGCUCGGUGGUGGUGCAGGCCCGGCUCACCUGGACCCUCAAUCCUCAGCUGGAUAACGACGCCCUGUUCAGCUGCGAGGUCAAGCACCCGGCGCUGUCCAUGCCCAUGCAGACAGAGGUCACCCUGGCCGCUCCUAAGGGCCCUAAACUCUUGAUGUCCCCCACUCGGGCAAAGGUGGGGGACACGGUGCGCAUCACCGUCCAAGGAUUCCAGGUAGGAUCGCCUGGGAAUGAGGUGUUCCCGGAGCCCCUGCUCACCUGGACGCGGGUGGGGGGCCGCCUGCUAGAUGGCAGCGCCGAGCGCGAGGGGAGGGAGCUGAUUCUGGAGAGGGUGCCAGCCGAGCUCAACGGCUCCAUGUAUCGCUGCACGGCCCAGAAUCCUCUAGGCUCCACAGAUACGCACACCCGCCUCAUAGUCUUUGAGAAUCCGAGCAUGAUGAAAAACACACAGAACCAGAACAAUGGAGCCGGCCGACAGGACGUGCUCGGACUAACGUGGAUGGCUCUUGUCCUCACAGUGACAGUGGAACUGACGUGAAACCGCUCAUGCAAGACACUCGCACACACACACACACACACAUGCGCCCCCCCCUUCUUACACAACAUAUUCACACAUGCACACACACACACACUUCCCACAAUCCUGCAAGCCUUCUCCAGUCAUCUACAGACCCUCCAUGCGUCAGUCGAUCAGGAAACAGCGCCGCCACAGGAUGGCGCUCCACUGUUUUUGUAAGAAAAUGUAACCAAGAUAAAUGAUAUCAAAAGAACAAAAAACGUGAUGAACAUUACAAUAGCCACCUCCUAUAUAGCCCUGCCCAGUUACACCUUCUUUUUGUUUCUUGUCCCACGUCUGCCUGUUGAUCAAUAAAAUCCGUUGGUUUUGAAACCGAAAAAGAAAAAAGAAUUUUGGAUUUUAUUUUUGAUGGGUCCCAAAUGUCAUUAUUGGUGUUUGACUGGAAAAAGUGGAAACUGGCUCCGGCUGCGCCACCACAUCCACCAACCACCUGUCUGUUACAUGUCCUGGGAUGAACCUGAUUAGCGACACGCUGACAAACCACAGGAGAACAAACACAGAUGCUCCCAGAGAACGUUGUUUUUUUAUGAAUAUACAGGUAUCUCCCCUUUUUUUCCCUGAUGGCUCGGAAUGUACAAGAGGAUUUAUCUGCAUUGAGAAACUAGUGAAGAAAUUCUCCUUUUUUGAGUGUAUUUUGUGUACAUCCGUGUAAAUAUUGAAAAUAAUUACAGAGGUUAUAUGGGUUACGGUGAGGAAUGGUUGCUGAGAUAGUUCGGAGUUCUCCACCUCACUCCUCCACCUUUGUUUGUUGCGUCAUUCAACACUGUUUUUCGACGAUGAUUCUUGGCUGAAAGGACAGAAACAUUAACAGACUUUCUGUUUCUCAUUUGGGCUUUUUUUUAUAUCUAUAUGGCAGGUCUCCGAGGCCAGAGUAAAAAAAAAGAAGA